UUUAAGGGUGAUUUUGAAGGCAGAAAUCGCUGUAUAUUCUUUUCCAUAAAAUCAGCCUGCAUUUUUAUUAAAUAGCCUAGGUUUAUGUUGAUUUCUGGUGAUCAACUUGUUAUUUACCGUCUUAAGUAUCGGCUGUUUUAGUGGCCUGCUAUGUAGUUAUCUAAAGACGACACUAUAGUCCUAAACACAUCAAGCUGGAAUCAAGUCAUAUCGAUACGGACGAUCGGCUGCUUAAAAAAACUGCUAAAGUUAAAAGUUUACGAUGUGUGGCCUCUUACCAUCAUAUGGACUGUCAGCAAAUAGCUGAAAACGUGUUGAGGACCAGUCUGUCAAAACAAAUAAAUGCCAAGACACUGCUCUGCUGUAGGUUGCAAGUCACGUGACACGAAAGACAUCCGGAAAUCUGGAAUCACUUUUCACAGAUUGCCAAAGAAGGGAAACCCUCGACGCACAACUUGGAUUAUCAACUCUCGUCGCAAAGGUCCGGAGGGAAAAGGCCAGUGGGACCCCCAGAGUGGUUUCAUCUAUUUCUGCUCUAAACACUUUACACCUGAUAGCUUUGAACUCUCUGGUGUCAGUGGCUAUCGCAGACUAAAGGAUGAUGCAAUUCCCACUAUAUUUGAAAAUCAGCCUCGCGAAAGAGGAAAUGCUGGGAAAUGUGCAACAAAACAGAGAGGAAGACCUCGAAGUGUGGACAAACAUAUCAGUGUCAAGACCUCCACCAUUAAUGAAGACUCAGAAAACCAGGAGAUCUCCAACAAUGAGGCUGUGGUGCAAAAAGUAGCAGAAAAUGAGUGUGAAAACGGCGAAGGGGAGGACAAGCAUGUUCAGCCUCCUCCUCAGCCUUCAUCUGAGGCUCCUCAAACCUCUGAAGAGACGUCAUUAGAGGACCCACCGCCUGAUCCCUCUUCUCCUCAACCUCCUCCUCGUCCACCUUCUCCAUCCUGCUACAUGAGGCGUCUCCCCCCUCCUCCUGGCUUUUACUUGCCAAAAGAGCACAACUAUGCUCAGCUGUGCCCUCUAGUGUGGCGCAAGCGCUACGACAAAGCCAUCGAUAGCUUGGAAAAAGCACUGCGACUUUUGAGUGCCGCCCGACGGCGGGAGAACCGCCUACGCCAUGCUCUGCUACGCCUCAGAGAAAACCGACUUAGAAGUACGCUGUUUCGCACACGAGAAGGGGCGAAAGGAAAGGAGGCCCGAGGAGGAAGGUUUUCAAGCUGGACUUCUCAAAAGGGACAGGGGGCGAAGGUGGAAAGAGGUUGCAGGGAUCUUGAGGGAUUGGAGGAGAGUGCAAAUGAAGGCGCAACUGAUGAAAUCGACCUCCUGGCCGAGGGUUGGAACGGACAAACACAGGCUAAAGGAAAAGUCACCGGGGAAGAAGAAGAAGGGUGUUGCUUUUAUUGUGGAAGAGACAAUGAAGGAAACAAAGUAAGUGGAUACAAAGAAGCAACUGUAGGAGCUGAUGAGGUUCAAGGAUCUCAUACAAAAUAUAAGCCUAAGAGAAUCCAGGAAAUCAAAAAGAAAGCCAAAGUACUCAAAGAACAAAAGUCAGAGAACUCAAGGACUGAUGCUGCACCUGUGGAGCAACAAAGCUAUUAUUUAUAUUAUUGUGAGAGCGCAGAAAACGAGGACACAAUGCAGGUGGUCACCAUGGAGUUGCAACCUCACCAACUGAACACAGAGGACGAAACAUCUCUCGAGCUCCACAAUAAUGCAGAAGCAGUUCAGCAACUCGCUCUACUGCAUCCACAGACUGACAUGCACACUUCGUCUGGACCUAUUCAAUACCAAACCACACUACAGGAAACUUCUGCGCCAUUCCAGCUGCAGCAAAUCCAAGUGCUUCAGCCGCAACAGGGACUUCUUCUUCCUGACCUUGCCACAAAGGAAAAGAGCGACGUGGAAAUGGAGCAGGGACAGCAGUUCUUCUGGGUUCAGGAGAGGACUGACGAUCAUGUCUUACUGAUGUCGGUUCCCACCGAAGCGAGGGAAAGGAACAGGGUGGAUGUUGAAACUGUGAUUGAGACUGUGCAGCCUCAGGUGAUAUUGGAGAGAUAUCAGUCAAAGGAUGCUGAAGAAAGGGAUGGACUGAGUGUGAAGUGCGACUCCACGGCAUUGACGGUUACGGGGUGGGAAAACGGGCAGAUUACGCAUCAGUCGGACAUGAGGCCCACGGCGGAUGUCAGAGAGAGACUGAAGGAGCAUUUAGAGGGGUUUCAGCUUCAGCUUAGCAGCGAGUUUAUUGACUAAACCGAUUGACACAACAUAUUUUAGUAAUAUUUUUUAUUCUCCACUUACAGAACAUGCACAGACUCUUCUUUUGAGAUAUUUCUUCAGCAUCAUUUUCAUAUGAAGGCCAAUCAUUGUUACAGUGUAAUAUGUGGGUAUUUUAUUUGGAAAGCCAUGAUUCAAGAAAACUCUUCAGUUACUAAAAUAUAUGUGGUGUUUAGGAAAUUGGAUUCAUUAAUAUAAAUAAAUGUAUCAUUUUGCUUCGCAGUCAGGCGGUGUUAAAAAAUGGUGAAAUUGCGCUUUAAAUCAUUUGAAUUCAAGUUUACCCUUUUUACUGUUCCAUGUCUGUAUACCCACAAACAUGUAUUACCCUAGUGGGUUUUGAAGCAACUAUUUGUUCCCCCAACCAUGAUAAUGAAGUGUUCCUUUUAUAAAGAACAGACAAAUACGAACUGUCUUCAUUCCUUGUUGUUUUAGGAUGGACUCCAAUGAGUUUAAUCAUUAUCUUUAUCAUUUUUAAUCUUACUAGAAGAAUAACAAUAACACACUCGCUCUAGUUCUGAAAAAGUUCUGAAAUAAAAACAUGAGUAGUAUGCACAGAUCAUAGAAAUAGUUAAUGGUUAAAGGAGAAGUCCACUUCCAGAACAACAAUUUACAAAUAAUUUACUGACCCCCAUGUCAUCCAAAAUGUUCAUUUUUGUCUUUCUGUCUUCAG